CAGCGGUGACGGCGCAUCGAGCAACGCGAACUGUCGAACCGAUAUGAAAACCGACGAGAAAUCGUGAUUUACGAUGAGAUGACCCCGUCGAUCAUUACCGUGGAAAAGUGCCUUUGACCCGGCCGGAAAAGACGUUCCCGCCCGGAAGCUACGAGCGGUGAUCCGCAAUCGGAGAUCGUCCGACGAUUAUCGUUGUGGUUUUAGUGGCUCUCGGAUAUUAAGUCCCCGUCACGUCUUCCUCGACGACGACGACGACAACGACGCGACACAGAAGCCGCACAAGUGUAUUUCGUUCUGUACACGUUCAUCCAGAGGGAACCGUGAAAAUUGCCGCGAAGGAAUUGCCACUGCAGCAAGUUUAACAAUGUUUUGCCUGAAAGGGAGGGGCAAUCGGGACGAGAAGUUGAAGGAAACGUUAAACGAGGACGACUGCGGAUGGUGGCUGAGCAAUGAAGACGAUCCGAAGUCGCCGAGAUCCAGCCGUAGCAAGGACUGCCUGUCCCUAGAUUCAUCAGAGUCGAUGCUCUCUUGCAUAGACUCCGGCGACGACGAAAGUUACUCCCUCGCCCAGGAAUUCCGACUUGAGCUAAACGACGACCACUGCGAGAAGAUAGAGCUCACGUCACUAAUUCACGGAGAUCUUGACGUGGACCUUAUCGAGAAGGAUGCGAACGGGACGGAUUCGAACGUCACGCCGUUUCCGGCGGAAGAAGCCGAAGACUACUUUGACGGGUCGGAGUCGAAAUCACGGAGGUCUCACGGUAUAUCCUACACGCCCGAAAGGCUGGUCAGGUCUCAGGAAUACAGAAUACUCACGCCAUCGCCCCGUUACUUAGCCUUCUCUCGGCCGAGACUCGUGCCAGAAAAUGAAAAUCGACGGAAGACGGUGGUCCGUUGCCAGCGGCGAUUGAAUUAUCUUAUCGACUCUAAGCAAGUUGGUACUACGCAACUGAGAGAUCUUCUGGAUCCGACUCCUAUAGAAAUCGCGGUGCCAGCCAUAGUUUCGCAACAUUGGAAAAAUUGCAGACGAGCUUCUAGUGACGAAAUCGCGACGAGGUACAACGACUACGACACGAAAACGGAUUAUUCUUUAAAUGGGUCGGAUCACAAGAAGUCAACCGACUUGCAAACACCGGACUCGGCUUGCAAGAGGUCCAGCUACGAGGGGCUAAACGUCACUUGGGAGGACUGUAAGAAAAUAGAGACACGGAGCUCCUCUCUGGAGGACACUUCCGGUAUUCACAGCAACGACUGGAGCUCCGACAGCCAUAGCGACCUACAAAACACACCGUUGUGCCUUUCGGACGAGUUAGCAUCGACGAAUUACAGACUGAGUACUUCGCAGGAACGGUGUACCGCUAUCAAUGAAGUGGUAUCAAUCCUUGAAGUCCUCGACACGGAUCCUGAAAAAGCAGCGAUCCUUCUCGAGGAGGAUCGUUUCUGCGACAGCACCUCCUCCCACGAUCAAUUAACCAGGCUGGCCCUGACGAUAGAAACCGAUUCGAAAGAUCCUGAUGUCGUCGAAACUGCCGAAAGCGCGGUUCGAAACCUUCAAAGGAAAGUGGAGAAGCUUCAGGCUAGUAGCAAAGAUAUUUACAGGGAUAUUUGUAAUCUACGACAAAGCUUUCAGUGUGACGAACGGAAAACGGAGGAUAUUUCGUCCAGUACCAGUAAACUGCGCCAGGACAUUCACGAGCUGCGAUAUCUCGAUGAUCUCGUGAAUCUCUUACGAGGUGAACUCGAGAGAAUUUCAAAGAGGAACUGGCCGUUCGUUGUUGGACGCUCGGAGUAUCAUUCGGAGGAAAAGAAUCUGAUCGUGUAGAAAAGUUUCGUCUAUGACGUCGACAGAAUUUUACGGGUAGAGAACGUAAGACGG